AUGGAGGAAGAUAUAAUUCAAGAAGAUAAUGUGAUUAAUAAUAUUCUACCCGGGAUAAGUAAUGUUGAGGAGUCGGAGAUUUGUUUAGUGGAGAAGAAUACUACACAACGAGAGGAAGAAAUGCUUGAGGACUCUAGUUCUAGAGUUAGUCGUAAUAAGAGACCGCGGGAGGAGGAUGAGGAAGAAGUGUGGAUAGCGGUAGGAAGAAAUGGAAAGAGAGUGGGACAAAAGGUUGAUGUGUACAUUAAUAAUUCCGAAAAGCUACCGAAGCAAUUCGCGCUUGCUAAAUUAUUAAGGUCAAAUAACAUUAGUAGUGUUAGCCGGGUAAAAUAUAUAAACCCCUACAAAGUGUUCAUACAGUUUGAAAAUGCAGGAAGUGCUGAGGAGUUGAUCAAUUGUAAACCUUUGCAAGAUUUAGGUUGGAGAUGCCAAAAACCACUUGAAGUUGUUAUAUCUUACGGCGUUAUUAAGAAUGUAGAAUUGGACUUGAGUGAAAAAGACAUGUUAGAAGGUAUUUCAAGCAAUUGUGAACUGAUAGCGGUAAAACGUUUAAAACGCAGGAAUAAGGACGGUAACGGCUGGGAAGAAAGUGAGUCAAUACGUCUGGGGUUCAAGGGUCCCUCACUACCAACGUGUGUCUACAUCUACGGCAUGAAGAUAAAUGUCGACCCAUACGUGUUCCCAGUUACCCAGUGUUCCAGCGAAGCCGUACUGCAAUUAGGCAACGGAACAUCGCGAGUCAUGCUCUGCUGCGUAUCUGAUGAAGAACGAGACAUUGCACGAGAAGAGCGCCGCGUUAGUAUGGAGCGAAGAAGGGCUUUAGUUCGUGCCACUCAAACACAAGAGGAAAGAGAGGCAGCCCGUGAAAUGGCUAGGUUAGAAACGAGAAAUCGUCGAGCUAUGGUGCGAUCAACAGAGGGAUAA